AUGAGCUUGUAUGUUAGGGGAAGAGAGUUGAGAGGAGCUUUGAGUGGUGAGAUGCCAUUAUACAUUCUCAUGUAUAGGGAGAACUAUUUAAAUGUUUCUGACCUUAACCCCAGUCUUCCUUCUUCUGUUGCAUCUCUUUUACAGGAUUACCAAGAUGUGUUUCCAGAUGAGGUACCUUUGGGUUUACCACCUAUUAGGGAUAUUGAACACCAGAUAGAUUUCAUUCUUGGUGCUCAAAUUCCUAAUAGUCCAGCUUAUAGAAGUAGUCUAGCUGAGACUAAGAAGCUUCAAAGAGAAGUAGAUGAGCUUUUGGCUAAGGGAUAUAUUCAUAAGAGCAUGUGUCCUUGCGCAAUUCCUGUUUUACCUGUGCCAAAGAAGGAUGGGACAUAUAGGAUGUGCAUGGAUUAUAGUGUUGUGAAUAAAAUCACUAUGAACAAAAACAUUGAUGAGCAUUUGCGUUAUUUGAAACUUGUGUUUGAUGUGAUGAGAAAAGAAAAGUUGUAUGCAAAUGUGAAAAAGUGUUCUUUUUGCUUAGAAAAAAUUAUGUUUUUGGGGCUUAUUGUGAGUAGCAAAGGUGUUAUAGUAGAUGACAAAAAAGUUAAGGCAAUUAGAGAUUGGCCAACACUUAAAAAUGCAAAUGAAGUUGGGAGUUUUCAUGGAUUAGGUAAAGAACAUGAACAGGCAUUUGCUAUGCUUAAAGAGAAAUUGUAUUCUGCACCUUUAUUGAUUUUGCCUAAUUUUGACAAGACACUUGAGAUUGAAUGUGAUGUAUCAGGUGUAGGGAUUGGAGCUAUUCUCUUGCAAGAGAAACACCCAAUUGCUUACUUUAGUGAAAAGUUGUAUAGUGCCACAUUGAAUUAUUCUACAAAUGGCAAAGAGUUGUAUGCAUUAGUUAGGGCAUUAGAGACAUGGCAACAUUAUCUAUGGCCUAAUGAAUUUGUCAUGCAUUCUGAUCAUAAGUCUUUGAAGGCAAAAAAAAAUGUGGUAGCUGAUGCACUCUCCCACAAGUAUAAUCUUUUUACUUCUCUUGAUUCUAAAUUGUUGGGAUUUGAGUGUGUUAAAGAAUUAUAUGAGCAUGAUGAUGACUUUGCUGCCAUAUUCCAUGCAUAUUUGUUACCAUUGCCUAUUGAUUAUAUUGCUUCAUUGGAUGGUGAGAAAAAGGCUGAAAUGGCUAAAAAGAUGCAUGAACAAGCAAAGUUGCAUCUAGAAAGGAAAAAUGAGCAAUAUGCAUCUCACGCUAACAAGGGGCAAAAGCCUACGAUUUUUGAACCAGGUGACUUGGUAUGGGUCCAUUUGAGAAAGAAAAGAUUUCCUAACCAAAGAAAACCUAAGUUGCAUCCUAGAAGUGAUGGCCCUUUUCAGGUGCUUGAAAGCAUUAAUGAUAAUGCUUAUAAGAUAGAAUUGCCUAGUGAUUAUGGUGUUGUGGUACUUUUAAGGUAA